CUUUCUCUGUCAAAAUGGCGGCCGUGCAGGAGAUGUUACAGGCGAGGCGCGAACCUAUCCAAGCUGUGCAGGUCUUCGGCCGCAAAAAAACCGCUACAGCCGUUGCUUACUGCAAGCGUGGUAAUGGAGUGCUGAGGGUGAACGGACGCCCGCUGGAGCUGGUGGAGCCCCGUCUCCUUCAGUACAAACUUCAGGAACCCAUCCUAUUGCUCGGCAAGGAGAAGUUCUCCGGAGUGGACAUCAGAGUGACGGUGAAGGGUGGAGGUCACGUCGCGCAGGUGUACGCUAUCAGACAAGCCAUCUCCAAGGCUCUCAUUGCCUACUACCAAAAAUAUGUUGACGAGGCCUCCAAGAAGGAGAUCAAGGACAUCCUGGUCCAAUACGACAGGAGCCUGCUAGUGGCCGACCCCAGGCGCUGCGAGCCCAAGAAGUUCGGAGGUCCGGGCGCGCGCGCUCGCUACCAGAAGUCUUACCGUUAAGGAUCUCGGAGGCGCGCACGGUGUGGUAUUGCAGUGGUGUGCUUUUGGUCAGUGCGAUAUCAUAUGGUGUUUUAUAAAA